CCUACAAAAAUGAUGAAAUUGUUGAAUUGUAAUGGAAUGAAAAAGCAAAUGGCCGACGACUAGAAAUCGACGUUCUUGAAUUUGCACAAAAAAGAAUCCGAUUCAAUUACAUGAAUUAUGCGCAAUUUAUGAUCAUGAUUAGCAAAAUAAAGCUUCUAAAGCAAUAAUUAACUAGAAUAACCUUUUAUUUGCGGGCAAAAGCCCGUCUAAAAUAUCGAAAUAUAGGAAAUAUUCCUGUCUAACCCAAAUACCAAUUUGCAAAAAUAAGAACCGUGCCUUCGACGGACCCACGUCCGUUUUAUCAUUGAGUUAAUGUAGAGCGAAGAGCAACACGGGCGGACGCCGCCCUGGUCAGAAUGGAGCGGUAUGAACGUGCGGACAAGAGACACAGCAAGCACCACAAAGAAAAACACAAGAAGCGUUCCCACAAGAAGUACAGGAGCCACAGCGGUACCCAUGAACAAUCAUAUGCUACUAGUAACUCUGUUAAACCCCUUGUGGAGUAUUCGGAUGUCAGUUCUGAAGAUCUUUCCGCCCCGGAGGCUGGAGAGAUCGAGAGUGAGGCAAGCUCUAUAGGCAGGCACAUUGCGGAUGAUCUGGAUAGAACCAGAAAGUCUCACUCUAUACGUACAUUUCUUGACAACAAGAUAUCUGUAACUACAACAAGCCGUCGGGCUGCAGAGGAAUACACACUCACCCGUGAUUCUUCUUCUGCAGCAAGGAAAAGGCGCGGCGUUGAAUAUCAGGAGCCUGUCCCCGAGUUUGAGGACCUCCACUAUAAAAAGAAGAAAGAAAAGCGUAAGAAGGAAAAAAAGAAACGGAAAAGGAAGUCUAAGCACCGUUCUCGUACCGCCAGUUUAGAAAGCGUUUCACCAGACGAUAAUGUUCCAGCGGGGACGCCUAUGCGGGCAGUAACACCACAACGUUAUACUCAUGUGCCAAUCAGUGAAUGGGAGAAAGCUUCCUCUCCGCUUAGAAACGGUUCCUGUUCACCGGUAUCGCCAUCAACACCACCGUUAAUGAGACAACAUGACGUGUCACCUCUGCACAGGUCACUUCAUAGAGAGCCAUCGCUUCUCAACGCCCUGCCGUUCUCACCACGUCGGGAGAGAUCACCUAUUGUUAGGCGGAGGCAGAAGUCAACGACCCCGCACACGCCGCUGGUGCCGCCAUACCACGAAACUGUGACCAUCGACUCUGACAACGACGACUAUGAACACAGCCGGCGCGAAUACUGGCACGAGCCGCAUCGAGUGUCCAAUGAAGUCAUGAUUAUAUCGGAUUCACCGGUGCACGAAGGUCGGCCGCGCGAGUACAGUCCGCGGCGACAUCGGCGCCGGAGCCCGCGACGUAGACGCAGCCGCGAGCGCGAGCGACACCGAGAUCGCACCCACCACAGGUCACAUAGUCGCAGUUCAUUGAAACGGCGUCGCACAAGGUCGCGAAGCAGGAGACGUUCCUCGUCGCCGCCGAGGCAUCGCGCGAGACACAAUGAAGCGUCUAAAGACAGGCACAGAAGUAAACACGAAUCACCAAGUCCGCCAUCAACGGUGCUCCAACGCAAGAUCGACUUCAAGGAGAAGAUCAGCGAUACCAGCCUGUUUGCGGAACUGGUGAAGGACAAACACAAACGUGCCAAGAAACUGCAAGAGAUCCUGGAACAAAAGGAGGAGUCCCAAGGGGCCGCGUCAAGCUCUGCCUCUAUGUCCAACAAUCCCGAAACACUUACCAUUGAUGAGCUAUCCAACACUACCGCUGACAGCUUCACACCACAAUUCCCGUGCAAAGAAAAUGGCGAAUAUAUCGACUUAAAGCCUGACGUAGUAGACAUUCCUAUGCCGAUUCCGCCACCCUCGGAUGGAGAGUCGGAUUCUGUGCCGGAGCCUUUCGUGCAACCAAUGGAACCGUUGCCGCCGCCGCCGCCCGCACCUCCAGAUAUAGCCAUGCCCACUGCUAAUGGGGAGGCAACUGACAGCAGUAACUUGGAGCCUCCACCAAAACCAUUCACCCCACCGCCGGCGGUCCCCUCGUCAGCCCCCUGCCAGCCGUUGCCCCCACCCCCCAAAUUUGGGGGGAGUGUUGUCGAAGCUGUAUAUAUCACAAGCCAACAACCGCCGCCGCCGAAACCCCGGAGCCUUACCAAACUACCCAUGCCGCCUAACACACAGGUUGAUGACUUAAAAACUCUCGCAAAUGAAAGUCCGCUCAGUACACCCUCAUCUAGUCCCGUGAAGAAGCCAGAAAAACCGAAACGGACAGGAAUUAUGAACUUGCCAAUGCCGCCUGUAAUACCCGGUUCGGAAGAAUUGAGCGGUGACGAGUUGGACGGCUCUACGCCACCGCCCGCAUCAAGACCAACGACUACGAGUGUCACAACGCCUACAACAAUGCACCAACACGCACAUCACUAUUCACACGUGUUCAGCAAUAGGAAAGCCAGGGAUAGCACGUCAGGUACGAAGUUAAAAAGGCCGCGGAUUCUAAAGAGGCGUGGUUCCAAAGUUGUACCUGUAGCGACGCCCACGCAUCACGCCAAGGAUUGGGGUGAAAAAUGUGUGGACGGCUUCCAGGUAAUAACGCAAAUCGGCGAAGGCACGUACGGGCAAGUGUACAAAGCACGCGACAAGAACACAGGGCAACUUGUCGCGUUGAAGAAAGUGCGAUUAGAGAACGAAAAAGAAGGCUUCCCCAUAACUGCUGUUAGGGAAAUCAAGAUCCUACGGCAGCUGAACCACAAGAAUAUUGUCAAUUUGCGAGAAAUCGUCACUGACAAACAAGACGCUUUGGACUUUAGAAAGGACAAAGGAUCUUUCUACCUUGUUUUUGAGUAUAUGGACCACGAUUUGAUGGGUUUAUUGGAAUCCAAGAUGGUGGACUUUACCGAGUCACAUAAUGCGUCAAUAAUGAGACAGUUACUGGACGGCCUGGCUUACUGUCAUAGAAAAAACUUCCUGCAUCGAGACAUCAAAUGCAGUAAUAUACUAAUGAAUAAUAAAGGCGAGGUGAAACUGGGUGACUUUGGUCUGGCUAGGCUAUGGUCUUCCGAGGAUCGGGCGCGGCCCUAUACGAAUAAAGUGAUCACCCUGUGGUAUCGGCCGCCCGAAUUAUUAUUAGGUGAAGAGAGAUAUGGCCCAGCCGUCGACGUCUGGUCAAUGGGCUGCAUUUUAGGAGAGCUGUUCCUCAAACACCCAUUAUUUCAGGCGAACAUAGAGAUGAUGCAACUGGAAAUGAUCUCCCGGGUGUGUGGCACGCCCGCGCCUGGGGUGUGGCCCAACGUUGUCAAGCUCCCCCUCUGGCACACGCUGCGACCGAAGCGCUUCCACAAGCGCUGCGUGCGGGAGCAGUUUGCGUUCAUGCCGCCCACGGCGCUGCACCUACUCGACCGGAUGCUGGAGUUGGAUCCUGAUAAGAGGAUCACCGCUGAGGAGGCCUUGAAGAGUGCGUGGCUGAAGAAUGUUGUGCCAGAUCAAAUGCCAGCUCCUGAACUCCCAACAUGGCAAGACUGCCACGAACUGUGGUCCAAGCAGCGACGACGUCAGCAAAGGGAGCAGGAACAGCAGUCAAAACCAAAGUCCUACGGUUUCAACCAGGACGAUAAGCAAGACGGGUUUAACUCACAAGACUCUAACUACAAAACUGAACCAUACAAAUCCGAGGGUUUCAAACCCACAGAGACUAACCAAGAGACUGUGGGACAAGUGAAAUAGUAUUUGGAUUUGUAUUAUUAUGGAUAUUAUCGGUGAAAAUUGGUGCUUAAGUGUUAUGAAAUUUGUGAUGAAGUACAAUGUUAAAAGUUUUGUUAAUUCAUUGUUGCAAGGUACAGAUUAUUCAGGUGUUCCCUCAGUGUCAUUCCGCGAAUGCACUCCACUUCUUUUCAGUUAUUUAGUUAUAGGUUCUCUACCAAACAAGUAACAAGCAUUAGUUGAAUUGAUACAACUCUACAAAAGUACUUACCCCAAUGUCACUUUUUAUAUUUCAUAACUUAUAACUAUUUCAUAACUAUACUCUGGAAGUUUAGGUGAUUUAUAACAAGUGAACAAUUUUUACGUAUCUUUUUAAUGAAAUAUGUGUGGAAUAAACCUGAAAAUAUUAAAAAAUCCAGAUAACAGUCACAUUUAUUUCAUUCAUACUUAGAUGUCAAUAUUGUUUACCUUAUUACCUAAAGCUCACAGAUUAUAGCAGCUCAUAUCAUUCGAAAUAAUGGCAAGUUCAUGUGAUCGCUUUAUCCUAAAACUUUUAUCCGGCGAUCUAUACUUUGUGGGAAUAAGUUAAAGAACAUUUUGAUCGUUACACAGUGGUAGUGACGGUUUUAUAAUAUAGACUUCUAGCAAAUAAACCUGGCGUUGAGGGCAGUUUUGCGAGCUUAACCUGUUCAGUGUUAUAUUGACUAUAAUAAGUGGUAUACAUUCUAAUAUCAUGGGCCAUGGCAUAGCUUAGCGAUCAUACCGUUCGAAAACGGUCUUACAUAGACAGUAUAUAAUUUAUAUAACAUAAUAUUACGGUGCCUUUUCUGUUGUACACAAAUAUCUUGACUGAACUUAAUAUACAAAGAUUUACAUACAUGUGUACAAUAAUAUUAUUUAGGGCGCGUUCAUAAAAUACGUGAGAUGUUUAAGGGGGGGAGGGGGUCGAGUCAAAUCUCAUCUAAUCUUACGUUGGAGUGAGGGGGAGUCUCGGCAAAUACCACGCAAUUUUUUUCUGAUUGUAACAAAAAAAAAUUAUACUAUUUUGGUCCAUUGGUCUUUUUACAAUUACAAUCCAACGUAAGAAACCCACAUUUUGAAAAAUCUCACGUGAGAUUGAAGGAUGGGGGGAGGGGCUUAAAUAAAAUCUCACCAAUCUCACCAGGGGGGGAGGGAGGGUCAGUAAAUUAAAAAAAACACCUCACGUAGUUUAUAGACGCCCACUUACACCAUUAUUUAGUUAAUUGACCAAAAACUUAAACAUGUGUUCCCGAAAAUGUGUGACGUAUACCUAACUCCUUUAUACGAUCUCUUUGCUAGUUGGGUAGUUUGGUCUUGAUGGAUAUGUUUGGAAAUAGGCCAGCAGAUAGUAGAGAUUUUUUUAGGUCUUUUAUAAAUUAAUUAAACUUAAAUUAUUAUUUUUGAACUGUAUAGUUGCUUAACUGUGACCAUGGGAUACAUGUUAAGGGCAUUUAGUGAACUGUGGUUUUAUUUCCGAACGUCGUUGGUUUUAAAAAUCAAUGUUUUGUAUUGAUGGAUUUAAAAAUGAAUUGAUUUUGUAUAAAAAUUGUUGUGCGUACCAAAACUUUUUUGUUAUAACCAAAGGAUUAAGCAUGGCGAUAGUUACCUAUGCUUUGGCCGAUUAGAAAUUUCUAAUUUUUUCUAUGCUGGCAUUUUCAAAGCCAAAUCAUUUUUAUUCAAAAAUAACAAUGUGAUUCCACUGCUUAUUUUCAUAGUGUACUUAUUCCUGGCUGAGAUUUCGCUAGUAUGAAUGUACUUUUAAUUCCAUAGGAAUCCUCUAUCUUCCACGAAUAUCAUUCUAGCAAUUUAAAUAAUUAACUUUAUCCAUGCAUAACUCCGCUGUACUUCACCCUUACGUUGCGGGUUAACCAACAAACGUACUCUUGUGCAUUUAUUAUUAGCAUAGACAUUUCGAAUAUAAUGUGGAUCGUGGAAUGGUCAUUUCCUCUAGGUAAUGUACAUAAGGCUAUAAACAUUCAAUCAUGUGAUUGGAAGUUUCUAAACGGUCAGAGUCUAUACCAUGUCAAACUAAAUUGUAUAAUAGAUGCUUUUCUGUAUAUAAAGAGAUGUAAAUAUAAAUAAUGUUUAGCAUAAUUAUUAUCGUUGUAAGAACAAUAAUGUUUAUAUUAGAGAAAAAUAUCUCGUGUAAUAAUAUUUUUAGUGAAUAUAGAGUUAAUUUCUUCCAAACAAAAGGGAAGUUUUUAUUAUGCCUUAAUAGAAUCAGUCUGCGUAACGUAAGUUGAAAAAUGAAUGGUUGCGAUAUCCAUUGUAUUAUAUUACUCGGAUACUGUACAUAAGAAUAAAAAAAAGCGCAGCGGAAAUCAAUAUCCUGUAUUUUAAUCUUUAUCAUAAAUUAAGAUUAAUAUCUUACCAGCCCGCAGCCCUGCUAGCAUUUGCAGGUGACAUUUCAAUAUGGCAUGUAUGUAUGGCAUGUGCAUGUAUGGCAUGUGCAUGUAUGGCAAAGGAAAUAAUGCUUUAACUGUUGUACACAAGUCACCCAGUAAGAGUGCACAGGUCGAAAUGAUAUACUUAUAAUGCCAAACGGGGGUAAAGUUCGUCUUCACCGGUUGGCGUUCUUUGUCAGGUAGCAAAAUACAUUUUAUUACUUGUGAGUGAUAAUACUGGUGAUCGAGGGAUAAAAAUUGUGCCGUGCUAAAGGAGAUAGCUUAUCGCGUAUAAGAUAUAACCAUGAAAUAAACAAUAGCUUUGAUGGACUUCAGUGGAAGGGAUAUGUUCAAAGCUAACCAAAACAAUUAUGACGCCACAACCUGACAGACAGAGAUCGAUUGGCCGCUGUUGAGAUGUUGCGCUGGACAUAUGGGGUAGACCGAGAUGCAUAAGUUAAUGACCAUGAUGUAAUUUCUGUGAUCAGAGGCGCUGGAUAGAGAUAGAUUGUGAGAUCGACUGGCCCGAGCCUACGGAUCAUAGAUUUAUCUUACCAGUAAUCUAAAGUCCUAAGCAAGCUACACUACAUUUGUUUUGACAGUUAUGAUAAAUAAUAAUUAAAAAAAAGCUCUAUUUUGUAUUGAAAUUGAAGCUCACUUGGCGCAUAAAUAAAAAAAUAACAGUAUAUUAAUUGAAUGGCAGUGUAUUCUCAACUGUAACUUACGGUACCCUGUCCGGUGCGUGGGGUAAGCGCGUAGUCGCUACUUUUUCAACUUUCGUGACGCGUACUGUAAAUUAUUAUUUAUUGCCUUCUUUAAAUUCAAGGGCAAUUCUGCUCGAGUCUUUAUAUUUGACGUAUGAUCACAGUGUAAAAAUACUUACAGUUAUUCAUGCUAGGCUAGGCAGGCUAGUGGCUUUCAAGUUUCAGCUAACUGUGCACAAUAUAUACUUAUCAAUAGUC